CUUUUGUUUUUGUCUCUCAAGGCCAGUAUGAACAGUGUGCUUAAUACAAAGGUUUUGCUUUCUCACCCAGUUUUUUUUUCGUGUUAAUAAUUAACAAACCUCUUUCGUUUUGUCUGUAAACACAGUUUGAAGAACGAACCACUGACAACAUGAUUCAGUAAGAGAGCUUUCAGUUCCAGAACAAACACGAUGGGUGUCAGAUCGUAUCUUCGAGGACCUUGUCGCCAUAUAGUUAUUGUAGCUGUGCUGGUUUGCUGUGUGGAAAUUAUCACCAACCAAAACUGUCCGGGUUAUGUACCUCUUACAUAUGUUCCGUGCUACACUGAUUACAACGUUAGUAGCCUGGAUCUGUAUGAUCUUAGCAGCAUGGAUUUUUAUGAAUGCGCAGUCAACUGCGCAAACCAAAUUGGUUGCUUGUUUUUUCUUUACGACAGCCGCCAUGACACAUGCGGGUCAUAUCGUUUAAACUCUGCAAAUACCAACGUAUUUCCUAAAGGAAAAUAUUACCUCAAGUACGAAACGGAAGAUGACUGCGACUCUGCACCGGAUCCGGAAUGUUACCGUGUUGUCAACGUAGCCACGAAGUACGCUGGGAAAAAGAUGACGUCACAGUCAGGUACAACGUGUCAGAGAUGGGACCAGCAAUCUCCAUACGCACACACUCGCAACGACAUAACCAUGUUCCCGGAAACGACGCUUGCGGCCGCAGAGAACUUCUGUCGAGAUCCAGACGAUACGGGCUACCCGUGGUGUUAUACAUUGGACCCAAGCAUUAGAUGGGAAAAGUGUGGAAUUCCUCUCUGCAAAAACUAAUAAACAGGUCUAAUCUUGCGUGGAUGUUUAUGGGUGGAUCCCUGAUAAUAAAUGUCUCUUAGCAUCUCGGUUUCAAAAUUUUCCAGGAAGCAUGGCCAGAAACUCAACACCGCCUUGGUUUUAAACAGUGGAUCCAAGCAUUAGAUGGAAGACGUGUGGAAUGACUGCUGCAAAAACUAACUAAAAGGUCUAAUCAUGCAUGGAUGUUUAUGGGCCCGAUUUCCGAUAACAACACGUAUCUGGGCAUCAAUAUUUCAACAUUUUUCGGAGAGCAUGUCCCGGAACUCCCCUGGGUAUGAAGUCAGUAUCUGGUAUGACUUUCGGUCUACUCGUACAUAGAUGUUUAUGGGCCCGAUUCCUGAUGAUAAUAACGCAUCUCUGAGCAUCUACAUUUCAACCUUUUUAGAAGAGCAUAUCCCAGAACUCCCCUGGGGAUGAAGUCAGUAUCUGAUGACUGCGGUUCUUCGCCGAAACCGGAACCGGAAUGUUACCUUGUCAGCAAGGAGUACGCUGGGAGAAAGAUGACGACACAAUCCGGUAUGACGUGUCAGAGGUGAGAUCAGCAGUCUCCUCAUACUCAUAGCAAAAACAAAGUGGACAUGUUUCCGGAAGCGACGACUGCUGCCGCAGAAAACUUCUGUCGAGAUCCGGAUAAUUCGGGAGCCCCUUGGUGUUACACAACGGAUCCUAGCAUUAGAUGGAAGUACUGUGGAAUUACUCUUUGCUGAAGCUACGCAGAGUUCCAAUCUUCUCGCUUGUUACUGCAGAAGAAGAUGCUCUCAGUGUAGAGUUCCUCUUUGCAAAUCCUCAAAUUCCAGCAAAAACGAUAAGAGAUAUUCUGGUACAAUUAGCUGGCCUGAAACCUUUUCACCAUGACAUUUUUGUUUGGUUGUUUGAAUUUCCAACAUUCCAAACACAAUAUUAGUUGCAAUCCAUGUAAAAAUGUUGUAGUCACGCAAAUAUACGAGUUGAUGAACCUUCA